GCUGGGCGGGAUCCCCGCGCUUUGCGCUUCGCUUCCUGCCGGGGGCGGAGAGCCGGUGGGCGCGCCUGGCCAGGGACCGCCCUCCUCUCCACCGCUUCUCCUCCCCGAGCAACAUGGCUGCAGCCGCCGCCGCCUGCUCGCCCGUGAAGGUAAGCGAGGCGCCUCCCUGCUGCUGCCGCCUCUCCCGGCUGGGGACGCAUCUCGGCGGCUCCCUUUCCACGAAGGGGCGGCUCUCUUGGGCUCCCGGGGAACGGGAAGGGGGCCUGGGCGUGCGCGGGCGCGGCGGCGUUGGUGUGGGCCGGGAGUCCUUGGGGAUCUCCGUCGGCCUGCACAAGUCGUGCGCCUAGGCGCGGUGCUGGAGCCUGGAGGGUGUGUGGGUGUGGGUGCGCGCGCGCGCGCGGAGUCCCCUGGGUGCACUUACCUGGGAGUAAACCAUGCUUGGGCGCGAGGAGUGCCUGGCGACAGGCCGGGCUUUGUGCACAGGCGACGGUGGGUUUCUGCAGACAUGCUCGGGGACACAUUGCCAAGUGCCCCUGGCUUUUGUUAAACCCUGGAUUUUGCCUUUGGGGUUUUCUUCUUCUUCUUCUUCUUCUUCUUCUUCUUCUUCUUCUUCUUUCUUCUUUCUUGGAAAGCACAGUGGUUUAGAAACACCGCACACUACAGUAUUAAGAAUCCCAGAAUGAAUACCCCCCAGAUUUGUGCGGCAAAGAAAACAGUUGCUGUGUGGAUGCGCUUUUACCCCUGCCUCCACUCCCCUUGUUACUGCCCCAAAUGACCAUCCAGAGUAAUGAAUCUGCUGUAGGUGAUCUGGAGUCUGAGAUACGUGCUGAGUUCUCACCCUCUAUUUUUUAAUUAUUCAGAUGAGUUUCCUCUAUUAGUCACAGAGGGGCUUUCCACCAUGUGCCGCUCAAAUAUAGCUAAUCAACGGCUUUUAGAAAUCUGGCGAACUGUCGUGCGUUUAGACACCUAUAUCAUACAAUCCUAGAAUAGUACAGUUGAAAGGGACCCCUGAGGAUCAUCUAGGCCAACCCCCUGCAAUGCAGGGAUAUGCAUCUGUCCCAUAAGGGGACCGAACCUGCAACCUCGGCGUUAUCAGCCCCAAGUUCUAACCAACUGAGCUGUGAGUCACAUAACCUGUUCCUUAUACAGGACACCACAUUGCUUUUUAGGGCACACCGAAAUACCAUGAAUGGGCUAUUUGCAUUCCAAUCCACGUGAUCGAUAUUCCCUAGUUUGCCAUUUCUGAAAGUGAUUGUAUCUGUUGCUUUGACAAAAUGCAUGCACUUAGAUACACACACAGCAGCCGCUCCUCUUGAGAAGAGCUGUAGAGGUAGAAUGUUUCCUAUCACAGUGAUACCUCGGGUUACAUACGCUUCAGGUUACAGACUCCGCUAACCCAGAAAUAGUGCUUCAGGUUAAGAACUUUGCUUCAGGAUGAGAACAGAAAUCGGGCUCCGGCGGCGUGGCAGCAGCAGGAGGCCCCAUUAGCUAAAGUGGUGCUUCAGGUUAAGAACGGACCUCCGGAACGAAUUAAGUACUUAACCCGAGGUACCACUGUACAGUGAGGAAACAGUGAGAUCUUGCUGAAUCUUGUCUCUUUCAUGCCUUCAUUGUAUGUAUUAUUUUUAACCUAUCUUGAGUUGUCCCUUUUAAAAAAAAUUAUUCUGUGUGUCCACAAAGUUCGAAUGUGUCACACGUAGCUGACAGGAGUUAGGGUUUGUUGAAGCAAUAAGUACAAAUCGUUUCCGACUUCAUGGGAAAACCUUUAAAGUCAUUCAGGCUUGUGAUAGGUGAUUCCGCCAGGGGGUGGAUGGGAUCAGGGCGAAACCUUGCCUUUCCUCCUGACCUCUAAGCUCGGAGAGAAGGGCUGGAGCUGGUCACUGUUCUGCUGCACAUGAGAAUCCCAGUUCUCUCUGAAAAGCUGGGGGGAGGGAUCCCUCCUGGAACUGUACUGGGCUUCCAAGACUUUUCCCUAGUCUUCAUUCUGAAUGUGAAAUUAGGAAGAAAAUUGGCAGAGGCGGGGGAUAUUCCUGAAGUCACAAUGGCUGGCAUUCAUGAACAGUGUUCAAAAUUCACCAGGCACAUUUUGCACCGGGAUAUUGGCCACUCGCGGCCUAGAGGGAAUGCCAGGAUGGUAUCUACCAUCUGGAGGUACAUGCCUGGGGAUCCUUGGAGCUUGACUGUUUUCACACACUAAUGACACACAUCCUUUAGAAUUCUAUCCGUUGCAUUUUAUCUGCCCCAUCAGAAUGGAUUUCUGGAACCAAAAUGCAUUUUUGGUGCAACCUUAGCAGGAGUAGUGAAGAAACUUAUAGUGAUUUUUUUGUUGCUUGUCUUCACUUCUCCCUCCCCAAUGCCCUGCUCAAAGUUGUGAAGAAUAUUCUUACAUUCUGAAUGGCCCAUGCCACCAUUAAGAAAAAGAGGCCAAUACAGUGGUACCUCAGGUUACAUAUGCUUCAGGUUACAGACUCCGCUAACCCAGAAAUAUUACCUUGGGUUAAGAACUUUGCUUCAGGAUGAGAACAGAAAUCAUGCUCCGGCGGUGCGGCAGCAGCAGGAGGCCCCAUUAGCUAAAGUGGUGCUUCAGGUUAAGAACAGUUUCAGGUUAAGAACGGACCUCUGGAACAAAUUAAGUACUUAACCCGAGGUACCACUGUAUAUAUGUGGACUGUCCCUGGGUCAGGUGACAUUUCUUCUUUAAGUUCUCAGAUCUCUCAACCCAGCUCAAGGUUGACAUCUGAACUAGCCAGAUGUUCAACUGAGGGUCAGCCACAGUGAGUCCAUCUUUCGAAAAAUAAGACUUUAGAGCCGUCUUGCCCCAAAAUGGCAACUAGACAUUCCAUUUUGGUGACUGUAACCUUGGUUUAAGCAGCCAUUUGGCACCUAGCUUAUGUAUAUGAGUUCCUAACACUCUACCCAGGUAAUAAUAAUAAUAAUAAUAAUUUAUUAUUUAUACCCCGCCCAUCUGGCUGGGUUUCCCCAGCCACUCUGGGUGGCUUCCAACAAAAGAUUAAAAAUACAUUAAAACAUCAGUCAUUAAAAACUUCCCUAAACAGAGCUGCCUUCAGACAUCUUCUAAAAUCCAGGUAGUUGUUUAUUUCCUUGACAUCUGAUGGGAGGGCGUUCCACAGGGCGGGUGUCACCACCAAGAAGGCCCUCUGCCUGAUUCCCUGUAACAUGGCUUCUUGCAAUGAGGAAACCGCCAGAAGGCCCUCGGCGCUGGACCUCUGUGUCUGGGCUGAACGAUGGGGGUGGAGAAGCUCCUUCAGGUAUAUUGGAAUAUUGUGAAGCUCCUUGACAUCUGACGGGAGGCGGGUGCCACCACCAAGAAGGCCCUCUGCCUGAUUCCCUGUAACUUCGCUUCUUGCGGUGAGGGAACCGCCAGAAGGCCCUCAGUGCUGGACCUCAGUGUCCGGGCAGAUCAAUGGGGUGGAGACGUUCCACCGAGUGAAGGUAUCUUCACUUGUGACCACAAGUGGCCAGUAAUCAGGGACAAAAUGUGCCUGGCUCCUGGCUAAUUUCAAACACUGGCCAGUGGGAUAGAGUUGCAGCUGUAGCUUCCCUGCAAUGGGAGUUGGUACCACUUUGGUAGGGGGGCGGUACUAGCCAGGUGGUGGUGAGAUAACGGCUGCACAGGUGCCCUGAUAGAGCUUAUCCGGUGUUUCUGCGUGGGGCAUCCGUACAACUCUGGCCUCUCUGCUGCAUCACCCCUCCCCUCCUGAGAAGUGGCAAAGACCCCCACUGAUGGGAGGCAAUUGCUACAGUGGUCAAGUUGCUCCUCUUCUUUUCCCUUCCUUCAUCUCAAGCACUUAUCUUCCCUCUGGCCAGUCUUCAGCACAACGUUGUUGUUGUUUAGCCGUUUAGUCAUGUCCGACUCUUCGUGACCCCAUGGACCAGAGCACGCCAGGCACUCCUGUCUUCCACUGCCUCCCGCAGUUUGGCCAAGCUCAUGCUGGUAGCUUCGAGAACACUGUCCAACCACCUCGUCCUCGGUCAUCCCCUUCUCUUUGUGCCCUCCAUCUUUCCCAACAUCAGGGUCUUUUCCAGGGAGUCUUCUCUUCUCAUGAGGUGGCCAAAGUAUUGGAGCCUCAGCUUCAGGAUCUGUCCUUCCAGUGAGCGCUCAGGGCUAAUUUCCUUAAGAAUGGAUGUGUUUGAUCUUCUUGCAGUCCACAGGACUCUCAAGAGUCUCCUCCAGCACCACAAUUCAAAAGCAUCCAUUCUUCGGCGAUCAGCCUUCUUGAUGGUCCAGCUCUCACUUCCAUACAUCACAACGUUUGGCUCAUUUAAUCCCAUUGACUUCAACUGGCUUAACAGUACAAACUCGGUGCUGCCUACAGUUUCAGAAAACUUGAGGCCUGUGCAUUUUAUCCUUGCCUGAUGAAAGCCUCUCUCUGUUUUGCACAGGUGUAACAUUCAUUACUAAGCAGUUGGAGCGAGCGCAUAGAUAGAUUGCUUUUGCAGCAAAAUGGGAUCCAGCUGAUCACAGCAGAACAUAAUGUAAUUGAAACCCAAAAGCAGCCAAACUCAGAAGCCCAAGUUGGUAGCUCUGGCUCUUGCGUAACAGCGAGGGUUGCCAGAUAAACUUCAAGAUCCGUUCCAGCUCUAUAAUUCUAUGUGGAAGGGAUUUGGUUGCCAGCUGGGUACAGUGGUACCUCAAGUUACAUACGCUUCAGCUUACAUACGCUUCAGGUUACAGACUCUGCUAACCCAGAAAUAGUACCUCGGGUUAAGAACUUUGCUUCAGGAUGAGAACAGAAAUCAUGCUCUGGCGGCUUGGCAGCAGCAGGAGGCCCCAUUAGCUAAAGUGGUGCUUCAGGUUAAGAACAGUUUCAGGUUAAGAACGGACCUCUGGAACAAAUUAAGUACUUAACCCGAGGUACCACUGUAUUUGUAAUGUGGAAUGGUACCUUCAGUUGCGUGACACGGGAACCUUUUGAUGGUAACAUUCAGGCAAUAUUAUUCCAGCCUUCUUUGAUGCUUUUACGCAGGGUGGAUUUGAUUUAAAUCAAAUCGAUUUAAAUCAUUUCUUUACAGAAAGACUCGUUCUUGCUGGUAUAAUCUUAACAUUUACAACCAGAUGAAGGUUUCAUUUUUGGAAUAAUAAAUUUUCAGAGUGGUUUUUACAGUUAUAUAAAAAAUUACUGAUUUGGUUAUACUAUUAGAAAUACAAAGACAGGCAAUUAUGAAAUUAUUGUUUGUAUCUGGACAACUUUUCUGCUGUACUUUAUUGGAAGGAGAAAAACAAUCAUUUCCUUAAUAACAAUUUAAACAAUUUAUUUAACUGAAACAAUAACAUUAUAGCAUAUGUAUCCAUGUUUGUUAACUGAGGUGGUUAAAUGAAAAAAAAGCAACAACCUUAGACUGAUGAAAAACUUAAAACAAAUCCUUAUUUCCUGAUGAGUAGCCGUUGGGCUAUAAUGUAACUUAAAUAGAAAACUAUCUUUAGAAAGAUUUUCCCUCCAAAAGCAUUUUAUUUUAAAAAUCCGAUUUAAAUAUAAACAAAUCCAAUUUUUUAUUUUUUUAUUUUUUUUAAAGCAUUGAUUUUUAUCCACCCUGCUUUUAGGAGCACACUGGAAAUUGCAAAUCUGUCUUCACUUAUGUUGCACCCAGUUUGCCUGCACUACCACUUCCAUGCCACAAGAUGGCAGCAAAUCAGAAAGAAUGUGUGUUUCUGUUUGCUGGUCCUUGGCAGGUUCUUCCAAGCUAUGGCAUGAACUUCAACCAGAGCUUUGGACUGAUCACAAGAACCACAUAGCCUUAGCCUAAUGAAAUAAAUGUUCCUAUUAUAAUUGUAAGUGAAGAAAGAUCUUUUUAAAUAAAAAAGAGGUCCGUCUUAAAGAAGUAGGCACGGGAUGGAGUAUUUUAUGUCUGUUGCUGUUUAUUUAUUGUAAGUAUCUGGCAACACAGAUAUUUAUCCCCCACAACGGUUUACUUAAUCCAGUGGUUUUCGAGCUGCGUCUCAGGAAAACUCGGGGUUCCUCGAAAUCUCCCAGUUAUUUAUUUUUAAAAUAAAAUGCUUUUGGAGGAAAAAUCUUUUUAAAGAUUGUUGUUGUUGUUUAGUCGUUUAGUCGUGUCCGACUCUUCAUGACCCCCUGGACCAGAGCACGCCAGGCCCUCCUGUCUUCCACUGCCUCCCGCAGUUUGGUCAAACUCAUGUUGGUAGCUUAGAGAACACUGUCCAAACAUCUUGUCCUCUGUCAUCCCCUUCUCCUUGUGCCCUCCAUCUUUCCCAACAUCAGAGUCUUUUCCAGGGAGUCUUCUCUUCUCAUGAGGUGGCCAAAGUCUUGGAGCCUCAGCUUCACGAUCUGUCCUUCCAGUGAGCACUCAGGGCUGAUUUCCUUCAGAAUGGUUUGAUCUUCUUGCAGUCCAUGGGAGUCUCCUCCAGCACCACAAUUCAAAUGGAUCCAUUCUUUGGUGAUCAGCCUUCUUUAUGGUCCAGCUCUCAAAUCCAUACAUCACUACUGGGAAAACCAUAGCUUUAACAAUAAGGACCUUUGUCGGCAAGGUGAUGUCUCUGCUUUUUAAGAUAGUUUUCUAUUUAAGUUCCUAAGUGAAACCAGCAUCAACAGCCAAGCUUGCUUAAGAGACAACUCAUUCGAUGCUCUUAAACUUUACCUGAGGUGGUUAUUUUAAGGCAGGUCCAACAGGCCUGACAUGUACCUUUUGCAAAUUCUGGGGAUUUCCUUCCAGAAAUUCCUGCAACGUGGGGAUUCCACGGUAGACAAAUUGAUGUGGAAAGAGUUCUCUGCAAGUAGAAAGCUAUUAGAUGUUUAAAGCCACCCCUACGGUGCUUUAAUUUUUGAUAGUUACAGGGGAACUUCAUUUUUUGACUUUACAGUGGUACCUUGGUUCUCAAACACCUUGGUACUCAAACAACUUGGAACCCAAACACUGCAAACCCAGAAGUAACUUCCAGUUUGCAAACUUUUUUCGGAAGUCAAACGUACUCCGUUUUGAGUGACACACUUCCAUUUUGAGUGACACACUUCCGUUUUGAGUGUUAUGCUGAGGUCUGUCUGCUUUUGCUAUUUAUUUUGCGUUUUUGUGGCUUUGUUUGUUUUUGUGACUGGGUGGAACCCAGUUCAGCUACUGAUUUUUUUAAAAUAUAUUUUUUAUUAGUUUUUAUACAUGUCUUCCAAACAUCCCAUCUUAGAAAACAUAACAGACCUUUGGCUAUCACCGCCUAGGACUUCCAUCAACCUCGACUGGUGGUUUUCUAACUUCCUUUCUAAUUUUGCAUUUUAUUUUAAUAGUUAUUGCUAUGAAAUCCAAAUCCUAAGCAAACUCCUUCUUAGUCCUCUUUCGCAAUAAUUCAUAUAGUUCUCCUUACAAAACGUCUUGUAACCCGACAAGCGAUGUCAAUUGAUUACAAUUGUCUUUCAGAUAUAUCGUGAAUUUCUUUCAGUUCAGCUACUGAUUGAUUGAUUGUGUGACUGCAGUACAUUGUUUGUUGCUUUCAUUUUGUUAGAUAGUAAAUUUCAUGUUACACUGCUGUUUUAGGGGUUGUUUUUAAAAGUCUGGAACGGGUUAAUCCAUUUUGCAUGACUUUCUAUGGGAAAGCGCAUCUUGGUUUUGGAACGGACUUCCGGAAUGGAUUAAGUUUGAGAACCAAGGUACCACUGUACUGGAGUUGUUCCACUCACUAACGGAAGACUUAAGCCUUAUUACCUAGAGCAUGGGUAGGCAACCUAAGGCCCGAGGGUCGGAUCCGCCCCAAUCACCUUCUAAAUCCAGCCCGCCGACACCUGAGAAUCACUGGCCUGCAAGCGCUCCAGUUGGAGACCCGCCUUCACCAAAGGUGUCAUGGACUUUGAAGACACUUGAACUCAGGACGCAAGGGAGAAACGUGCCAAGAGGAAGGCAUGUUUGGCAAACCCUCACCGUGUAAGGAUGUGAGCAUCCAGAAUUGGCCUCCACAGUCACUUACGUACACAUUGUAAAGAUCACAUUCAUGGAAGACAAUCUUACUCGGCUACGAGGGAUCACCAAAGAAGCAACAGCAGCAGCUGCAGAACAAACAUCAGCUGUGCUCUAGGAACCGAUCUGCUCAGCUAGGGCAAAAGUGAGACCUCUCUGGCUUCACCAAUGCCCAGCACAAACUGAGUGCCUAUUUCAUUCCUCAGACUCCUCUACAGUGGCAAAAAUGACAGAAAGACUAAGAGAAAAAGACAGCAGGGACUUUGAAAAAGAUUGGGAACCAUUCAUAUUAUAUUUGCAGAAACAAAGAAAGGCAGUAGACUCGAUGGCAGGAUUUAAAUAAACAUCCACUUUAUUAGCAUCAGAAAAUGUUUGGAAGAUAGUGAAAUAAGAUGAUGUAUUUAAUUUUGUUUUUAUGUUUUUAAGGUUUGAUGCUAUGUUAUUAAUAACUUUUUCUGUUGAGAGAUAGCAAAGUGGGUGAAAAUAGAAACAAACCAGAAACGCAGGUUGGGGCAAGUCUUGGAGGGGAGGGAGGGAGGAAUAUAUACCGUAUUUUUCACCCCAUAGGACGCACUUUUUCCCCUCCAAAAAUGAAGGGGAAAUCUGUGUGCGUCCUAUGGGGCGAAUGCAGGCUUUUGCUGAAGCUUGGAGAGCGAGAAGGGUUGGUGCGCACCGACCCCUCUCGCUCUCCAGGAUUCAGGAAGCUAUCCGCAAGCCUGGGGAGCCCGCGGGAGUUCCCGCAGGGCUCCCUAGGCUGCGGAUAGCAGCCUGCUGCCCAGAGCGCGGGGCGUGCUGAAGCCGCGGCUGGGGGGGAAUAAUUUUUUUUCUUUAUUCCCCCCCCCAAAAAAAACAAACUAGGUGCGUCCUAUGGGCCGGUGCACCCUAUAGGGCGAAAAAUAUGGUAUGUAAUGAACGAAAAUGAAAAAUGAUUUUUUUAAAAAAAAUAAAAAAUUUAAAGAAUCCUCUACAGUGGCAAGAGUUCUAGGACAUGGCUGGGCAAACUAAGGCCCGGGGGCUGGAUCUGGCCCAAUCGCCUUAUAAAUCUGUCCCGCAGUCGGUCCAGGAAUCAGCAUGUUUUUACAUGAGUAGAAUGUUUCCUUUUAUUUAAAAUGCACCUAUGGGUUCUUUGUGGGGCCUGCCUGGUGUUUUGACAUGAGCAGAAUGUGUGCUUUUAUUUAAAAUGCAUCUCUGGGUUAUUUGUGGGGCAUAGGAAUUCGUUCUCCCUCCCAAAAAAAAUAUAGUCUGCCCCCCCCCACAAGGUCUGAGGGACAGGGGACCGGCCCCCUGCUGAAAAAGUUUGCUGACUCCUGACCUAGAGCCAAUUACUGAGGCUGGGGGCAGGGAAUGGGGGGGUUGGUUGGUUUUCCAUCAGUCCCAUUCAUACCUAUUUGCUGUUCUCAUCUGGUUGAGGCGGAAAGCCCCAGACUGGCACACUGGCUGCCCUCUGCGGAAGGAGGAAAUGUGGGUGGGUGGCAGAGUUUUCCCUUCCCUAUCCCAGCCAGCUGUAAGGAAGCUGCCUAGGACUAAAAAUAGGGUGAUUGGGUUUUUCCAUUCCUGACCUUAAAACAAACAACCGCAGCACAAGAAUGGUUUCAUUGUUGUAGCAGGGAUGCCCAAACUCUGCCUUCUUGAGGAAUCAUCCUCCCUGGGUCUGGCAGUUCAUUUGAAUGAACUCAACUGGCUUGAUCACAAGUUGUCAGGCUCCAUCCUAAAGUGACGCUAUCUGCCCGCAAACCGUGUCCUAACCAUGCGCUCGCUGGACACCUUAAAAUCAUCACCCACUCUUGGAAUAACAGGUUUGGAAUUGCCCAAGAAAGAUUAUUUUUGUAUGCCACAAAAUUAUUUUUGUAUGCCACAACUGCUGCUCGUAUUUUGUUAGCUAAAAAGUGGAAAACCCAAGAAUUACCAAGAAUAGAAGAAUGGCAGAUGAAGAUGAUGGAUUUUUCAGAGCUAGCCGACCUAACCGGAAGAGUCCGCCACCAGAAGGAGGAGGAGUAUCAGGAAGAGUGGAAUAAAUUUAAUGAUUAUCUAGUUAAAUUUGUUAAGUUAAAUUAAUUGAAAAUAGCUUGCAGAUACUUAAUUGACUUAGGAUUUUAUUUAUGUUAAGUGAUGCAUUAAUAUGUUUAAUUCCAUAAGGUGGAGAUUUAAGGAUGUUAAUGUUUAAGUUAAAUUUCACAAGAAUUGGGAUUUGGAAAACCGUUAAAAGGACAUGCAAUGAAAUUCAACCAAGGGGAAGCUAGGAAGUCACUUAACAAAGUUAAUAAGUGUAAUUUUCAAGAAGGCUAUGAUUUAUGUUUGUUUGUCUUGUGUGUGUGUGUGUGUGUGUGUGUGUGUUUGUUUGUUUAUAAUACUGUGAAAACCAAUAAAUUUUUGGGGAUAAAAUAAAAUAAAAUCAUCACCCGCUCUUGCUGCACCCCAGCAAACAUCUUCACUUGGCCACCAGCAUCCUACUAAACUUUGAACCACGUUGGACUUCUCCAAGGUCAUCUCUGCCCCUCCAGGUGGUUUUGCCCCUCCAGGUGGUUUUGCAGCCUUCCCUCACCUCUGUCCCAGGCAGAGUGCCCAGUGGUCAAGGAUGGUGGAAGUCCCACAGGUUUCCCGUCGCUGGCAUGGGGAUUUCUGCAGGAAUCAGGGUGGAUAAAAAUCAAUGAUUUUCAAAAAAUAAUUUUAAAAAUCGGAUUUUAUUUUUUAAUUUAAAUCGGAUUUUUAAUAUAAAAUUUGGAGGGAAAAUCUUUCUAAAGAUAGUUUCCUAUUUAGGUUAAAUUAUAGUCCAAAGAAGUAUUCAUCAGGAAUAAGGAUUUGUUUUAUGUUUCUCAUGUGUGCUAAAACUCAGUCUAAGUUGGGGUUUUUAAAAAAAUGAAUUGUUUAACCACAUCAGUUAACAAACAUGGAUACAUAUGCUAUAGUGUUGUUUCAGUUAAAUAAAUUGUUUAAAUUGUUAUUAAGGAAAUGGUUAUUUUUCUCCUUCCAAUGAAGUACAGCAGAAAGUUUUCUCAUGUCAUUUGUGUAUCACAAAAAUAGCAUAAUAAAUGUGGAAAAAUAUCUACAAUGUAUGUUUCAUUAUUAGUGGUCAGUGUAUUAGUUCUUGGUUCAUGAAUUGGUUUAAACAAUUAGGAGGAAGAAGAAGAAAGGGGGAGAGGGAAGGGGGGAAUGGCGAGUGGGGUGGGGGCAGGUGACAACCAAACACUAUUGUGGUGUAACAUUUAGUAAUAGUUUCAAUUGUCUUCCAAACUAAUGCGUGUUUCUUGUGCUCAAGAUUGGAAUUAUCGGAGGGACCGGUCUGGACGACCCAGACAUAUUAGAAGGACGAACAGAAAAAUACGUCGAUACGCCUUAUGGAAAGGUAGGUACCAAUAACCUUUUGGAUAAUUGGCUUUUUAAAUUCAAUUUUAAUUUGGUAUUGUAUUAAUGUGGCUUUUAUUGGAUUGUUUUAAAUGUAAAUAAAUAAAUAAAUAAAAAGAAUCUCCCCCCGCCCCCUUAAUCAUGCCUAAAUAGCAAUUAAGAUUGUUUAAAAUUCACAGUUGGCAUUCUGUAAUGUGUUGUCUUCCAUCCCUGUCUUGUGUUAUUUCUGUUUUUAACUCUAGCCGUCAGAUGCUCUGAUUUUGGGGAAGAUAAAAAACGUUGACUGUGUGCUUCUAGCCAGGUAAGAAUUCCUUAAGCAUCACUUGUAUUUCUCUUCUACUGAAAAAUUAAGGUUUGCCGUAAAUGUAUUAAAUCAAGGCAUCUAACCUGCUAAAGAUGCACGCUAAAUGCUGAGAAUUAUCGCCAGCAUUUCAGUAAAUUUUAAUUGGUUUAUAGUUCUUGAUUGGCUUUAUUGAGUUCUCUGCCUUAAAAAUUGUUCCUCUUUCUUUAGAACUUCCAAGUUCAGUUAAUUGUGUUGGACAACACAUAUGCUUGCUGAAAACUUACCUGUUUCAGCUGGCCUGUGCAGACACGUUAUUUUGUUUCAUCUGUACUUCAGUUUAUUUUAUUGUUUUUAACGGAUUUUUAAAUGUUUUGAAUAUGUUUUUAUUCUUUCUUAAAUUGUGGAGUUUUGUUUUUAAUCACAGAAGUUUUUGCUGCCCUGUAAGGAAGGUUGGGAUAUAAAUUUAACAGAUAGGUGCAAAUUAAAUGUAAACUUUCCUGAGAGUUUGGGACAGAAGAAUACAGAGACAUAAAAAAUUAUAAAAUCUACCAGUCCUAAAAACCUUAAAAUCCCAGGCCUUGAAUCCCAGGGCUGAGGAUUUGAACCAGAAACUAUAUGUAGAAAGGGAAAGUGAAAGGACCCCUGAAUGGUUAAGUCCAGUCAAAGGCGACUAUGGGGUUGUGGCGCUCAUCUCGCUUUCAGGCCGAGGGAGCUGACGUUUGUCCACAGACAGCUUUCCGGGUCAUGUGGCCAGCAGGACUAAACCACUUCUGGCACAUGGAGGACCAUGACGGAAACCAGAGCACACGGAAAUGCUGUUUACCUUCUCGCCGCAGCGGUACCUAGUUAUCUACUUGCACUGGUGUGCUUUUGACCUACUAGGUUGGCAAAAGCUGAGACAGAGCAAUGGGAGCUCACUCCAUCGUGGGAAUUCGAACCGCCAACCUUCCGAUCGGCAAGCCCAAGUGGCUCAGUGGUUUAGACCACAGCGCCACCCGCUCCCUUGAUUUAAUAUAAGCAGCCUAUAAGCUGCUUAUAAAAAAUCACCUAAGACAGACAAAAAGAUAAAACACUCAUAAAACAAAAGAAAAUUAAUGAAUGAGAUCGAGAACUAUUCUACAUGGAAGGACUAAUGGAUAGGUAAAAAAGGUAAUGGACCCCUGGACAGUUAAGUCCAGUCAAAGGCAACUGUGGGGUUGCGGCGCUCAUCUCUCUUUCAGACUGAGGGAGCCGGCGUUUGUCCACAGACAGCUUUCAUGUGGCCAGCAGAACUAAACCGCUUCUGGCACAACGGGACACCAUGAUGGAAACCAGAGUGCACGGAAACGCUGUUUACCUUCCCAACGCAGCAGUACCUAUUUAUCUACUUACACUGGCGUGCUUUCCAACUGCUAAGUUAGCAGGAGCAGGGACAGUGCAAUGGGAGCUCACCCCAUCGCGGGGAUUUGAACCACCGACCUUCCGAUCGGCAAGCCCAAGAGGCUCCAUGGUUUAGACCACAGCACCACCUGCUCCCUUAGAAACUAUAUGUACUAAACCCUCAUAGCUUCUGGCACACAAGGUGUAUGACAUUUGUCCCUGAAAUGGGAAAGCAAGUUGAAGCCUCUGGAUUGGCCAGAUCUAUUGGUCCUGAUCCCCAGCUACUCUCCUCACACCAUUCUUACAUAAGUAAAUUGCUUUUAAAGAGGUGGUGGAACAGAAUAAAACCACUGUUUGGUGAAUUCAUUCCUAACCCCAACAGGAAACGCAUCUUUCCCUGAGUUGCUUGCUUCCCCCAACCCCGUCUUGAAUUUUAGCUUUGCUGUUUUUCCCCUCCCCUCUUUCUCUACGUAGGCAUGGAAGGCAUCACACCAUCAUUCCGACACAUGUCAAUUACCGUGCCAAUCUGUGGGCUCUGAAGGAAGAGGGCUGCACUCAUCUGCUGGUGACCACAGCCUGUGGUUCUUUGAGAGAAGAGAUUCAGCCUGGAGACGUUGUCAUAAUAGAUCAGUUCAUAGACAGGUAAAAAAAAGAUGGAGAUCUUAUAUGAGGAGGUAGGCUGGGCAAUCAUUGAAUUAGAUCUUGGGCUGGAGCAGAAGCUUUAUUCCCAAAGCAUCCCUGCUUUUCAUAUAUGGAUUAUAUUAAUGGGGUGGUGAGGGGUUGUAAUGAAAAUACCGAUUUGUGAAUCUGGAACCAAAGACCACUCGUUGUUGUUGUUUAGUCGUUUAGUUGUGUCCGACUCUUUGUGACCCCAUGGACCAGAGCACGCCAGGCCCUCCUGUCUUCCACUGCCUCCCGCAGUUUGGUCAAACUCAUGUUUGUAGCUUUGAGAACACUGUCCAACCAUCUCGUCCUCUGUCGUCCCCUUCUCCUUGUGCCCUCCAUCUUUCCCAACAUCAGGGUCUUUUCCAGGGAGUCUUCUCUUCUCAUGAGGUGGCCAAAGUACUGGAGCCUCAGCUUCAGGAUCUGUCCUUCCAGUGAGCACUCAGGGCUGAUUUCCUUAAGAAGCGAUAGGUUUGAUCUUCUUGCAGUCCAUGGGACUCUCAAGAGUCUCUUCCAGCACCAUAAUUCAAAAGCAUCAAUUCUUCGGUGCUCAGACCACACUACACAUACUUGAUUCAGGGGAAACCUAAGUGUGGGAACGUUUAGGAAUGUAGGAGAAUGUUCAGGAAUGUAGGACAGGCGGCCCAUGGGGGUUGUUUAACCGGCCCACGAGCCGCCCCCGAACCAAGGCAUGGGGACUCGCUUCCGCGGCGCCGGAAAUCGCAUCUGCCCAGACAGCAGAAAUCGCAGGCGCACAGCUGCAGACACCGGAAAUUGCAGGUGCGCAGACUCCAGAAAUCUCUGCUGGAGUGAACCGGUCCAGGCGAGGUAAACCUUGCUGACCCCUACUCUACUGAUCUUCUGUCGGCUCGCAAGAUGGAAAAAAGAGGCGAAUGGGUGGCAUUGAUACUACAGUGACUGAACAUGCUGACCUUUCCUUGCCAAUCAGGUGUUUUUUAAAAUUUCUAAUCAAUGUUUUUCCCCACCCACAGGACCACCAAAAGGCAUCUCACCUUUUAUGAUGGGAGCUGUCCCGGCCUCCCGGGAGUCUGCCACAUCCCUAUGGCAGAACCUUUCUGCGCCAAAACUAGAGAGGUUUGUGGAUCUUCGCUUAUUGAGUCCGUCGUCUGCGGCUGGAAUCUCAACAGCCUGUAGAUCAGCAGAAAGUGCUUAUGAAUGUAUAGGAAGGGGGUGAAAGAGAAACAUGUUGCUGGUUUUCCUUUCCAGCUUUAUCCCCUCCUGUUUCAUUUAAUGUUGAUAUUGGGGGGGGGGGGGUUGCCACUUGAUAAAUGCUGAGCCACUUCCCUGUUCUUCCUGCAGAUUACUUUAUCAUUAUUAUUAUUAGAAAAAUAAUUAUAAAAUUACAAAAGUACACAGAGUAAAAUAAGAUGCAAAGAGGGAGAAACAAGAAAUAGUACCCAUAUCAUCAUCAUCAAACCUUUUAUUGGCAUCACAUACAAACAUCCAAAACAAAUCAAUACAGAAUUACCACUCCCCCAGUGGUAAUUUGUACAUAUUUUGUACAUUACAAAAAAAAAGGAUGGGGGGAGGACUUGUUAUUGUGGUUAACCUGCAUAUUACUUUUUAAAGAGGUGCAUUAAAGGUCUGGUGCCUUGCUGCUUCUGUCGUAAUUCUUUGUAAACAUAUAUAUAUAUAUAUAGAUAGAGAGUUUUAAUAGACGCGGGUGGCGCUGUGGUCUAAACCACUGAGCCUUGGGCUUACUGAUCGAAAGGUGGGCAGUUCGAAUCCCCGCGAUGGGGAGAGCUCCCUUUGCUAGGUCCCUGCUCCUGCCAACCCAGCAGUUGGAAGCACGUCAAAAUGCAAGUAGAUAAAUAGGUACCACUCCGGCAGGAAGAUAAACAGCGUUUCUGUGCGCUGCUCUGAUUUCUGUGUCCCGUUGUGCCAGAAGUGGUUUAGUCCUGCUGGCCACAUGACCUGGAAAAACUGUGGACAAACGCUGGCUGCCUCGGCCUGAAAGCGAGAUGAGCGACUGGACUUAACUGUCAGGGGUCCUUUACCUUUUAGGUAAAGGUAAAGGGACCCCUGACCAUUAGGUCCCGUCACGGAUGACACUGGGGUUGCGGCGCUCAUCUCGCUUUAUUGGCCGAGGGAGCCAGCGUACACCUUGCGGGUCAUGUGGCCAGCAAGACUAAGCUGCUUCUGGCGAACCAGACCAGUGCACGGAAAUGCCGUUUACCUUAUCGCCAGAGCGGUACCUAUUUAUCUACUUGCACUUUGACGUGCUUUUGAACUGCUAGGUUGUCAGGAGCAGGGACUGAGCAACAGGAGCUCAGCCCGUCACAGAGAUUCGAACUGCCGACCUUCUGAUCAGCAAGUCCUAGGCUCUUUUGGUUUAGACCACAGCGCCACCCGCGUCCCUCCCUUUACCAAAAUAGAUUUUAACAAGACUGCUAAACUAAAUUUGGGGGCGCUGGGCGGAUCUUUGUACCCUAGCGGCACAUAUGUUAAAGACGGUCCUGUCUCUGUGUGUCCAGGUCCUUAUGGAUGUGGCCAAGAAGCUUGGCAUCAAGUCCCACUCCAAAGGGACCAUGAUCACCAUCGAAGGGCCGCGUUUCAGUUCCCGAGCUGAGAGCCUCAUGUUUCGCAGCUGGGGAGGCGACGUCAUCAACAUGACUACGGUCCCCGAAGUGGUUCUUGCCAGGGAAGCUGGUCUCUGCUAUGCAAGCAUUGCCAUGGCCACAGACUACGACUGCUGGAAGGAACACGAAGAAACCGUGAGUGACAGUUGCUUCUCGCUUUUAGGUUUGGUUGCCAAGCGGGGAUCCUUAGGUAGCUAAAAUGGCGCCAUACAUGCAGAAGGGGGGAGGCGCUACCAGAGGCCUUUCUUCUUGGAAUAACAGGUUUGGAAUUGCCCAAGAAAGAUGUUAAAUUAUUUUUGUAUGCCGCAACUGCUGCUCGUAUUUUGUUAGCUAAAAAGUGGAAAACCCAAGAAUUACCAACGAUAGAAGAAUGGCAGAUGAAGAUGAUGGAUUUUUCAGAGCUAGCCGACUGACCGGAAGAGUCCGCUAACAGAAGGAGGAGGAGUAUCAGGAAGAAUGGACAAAAAUUAAUGAUUACUUAGUUAAAUAUGUUAAGUUAAAUUAACUGAAAACAGCUUGCAGAUACUUAAUUGGCUUAGGAUUUUAUUUAUGCUAAGUGAUGAAUUAAUAUGUUAAGUGAUGAAUUAAUAUGUUUAAUUUCAUAAUGUGAAAUUCAACCAAGGGGAAGCAAGGAAGUCACUUAACAAUGUUAAUAAGAGUAACUUUCAAUAAGGCUAUGAUUUAUGUUUGUUUGUCUUAUGUGUUUGUUUGUUUAUAAUGUUGUGAAAACCAAUAAAAAAAUUGGGGGAAAAAGAAGAAGGGGGGAGGCGCUGGCAGGUUUGUGGUGACACCCCAGUUUUACGGAGAUACGAAAAAUAUUCAGAAGGGACCCCCCCUUUUUGGCAGAGAUGAAAUUUUUACUACACUUUUAAAUCUUUACAUAUAAAUUCCAGAUUUCAAAUUUGUUUUACAUUUCUCUUUAAACUUUUGACUUCCCGCCUUUCCUUCCACGCUGUUCUUAAUCCCAUCCUAUUUACAUACUGCACUCUGAGAAAAUUUCACCUACGACAUAUUCUUCCAUUUCAAAUACAGUGGUACCUUGGUUGUCGAACUUAAUCCGUUCCGGGAGUCUGUUCGGCUUCCAAAAAACGUUUGCAAACCGGAACACUUACUUCUGGGUUUGUGGUGUUCAGGAGCUGAUUUGUUCAGGAGCCAAGCCAUUCAAAAACCAAGGUACCAGUGUAUUAUCAUUUUCCUUCCACUGCUUAUAUUUCAAAUCCUGCUUGCGAUUUCAUCUGAUCAUGGCAUUUUUUCAGAUAUUCCCAAAAGGACUUCCAUUCUUCCAGGAAUCGUCCCUCAUGUCAGUUUCAUAAUUUUGCUGUUAGUUUCACCAGUUUUGCAAAGCCCACUAGCUUUAAAAUCCAUUCUUCUUUCAUUUGUGUUUCGUCUUCUUCCCAGUUCUGCUUAUUUUCUUUCUUUCCUUUCACCACUAAAAAUCAACAUAGUUGCCCCCUGUUUUCAUGGGGAGGAGUAUUUUGGGGAAACAUGGAGGAAGAUUUCUCAUGUCCCCCUGCGUAUAUUUUAGCAGUACAGUGGUACCUUGGAAGUUGAGUGGAAUCUGUUCUGGAAUUCCGUUCGACUUCCAAAACAUUCGGAAAACCAAGGCGCAGCUUCCGAUUGGCUGCAGGAAGCUCCUGCAGCCAAUCGGAAGCCGUGGAAGUCACAUCAGACGUUUGGGUUCCAAAGAGUGUUUGAAAACCAGAACAAUCACUUCAGGUUUUUGAUUAUUCGGGAGCCAAAACAUUCAAGUUCAAAGGCGUUUGGCUUCCCAGGUUCCACUGUAAUGCAUUUGAUAUACCACGAAGUUUGCCAGCAUCUCUCUCUUCCUCCCCCCUUCCUCUCAACAGUCAGCUGCAAACUCAAAUUUUUGAAUUCAAUGCAUCACAAAGUUUACCUGAGACCAGGGGUCAGCAAACUUUUUCAGCAGGGGGCCGGUCCCCUGUCCCUCAGACCUUGUGGGGGGCCGGACUAUAGUUUUUUGGGGGGGAAAUGGACAAAUUCCUAUGCCCCACAAAUAACCCAGAGAUGCAUUUUAAAUAAAAGCACGCAUUCUACUCAUGUAAAAACACACUGAUUCUCGGACCGUCUGCAGGCCAGAUUGAGAAGGCGAUUGGGCUGGGUCUUAGUUUGCCUACCCAUGCCUGAGACAUUUAAAUAUUGUUUUAAACUUCUCCAGUAUGCAAUCCUAUACAUAUCAACUCAUAAGUAUAUGGGUGGUGUGUGUGUGUGUUUUUAAUUCAGUGGAAUUUGCUUUCAUUGUUGUUGUACUUCCAGGUUUCGGUGGAUAAAGUGUUGAAGACAUUGAAGGAAAACGCCAAUAAAGCAACAAGCUUGCUGCUGACUACUAUACCCCUGAUCGGUUCCAUGGACUGGGCAGAAACCCAGCAGAACUUGAAAGUAAUAUAUUUUUAAUUCCUCCCAAUAUCUUUGUGUCUGAACUCUUUAAACGUGUUUCAAAAGUUAGUGUGUAGCGAAAGGAGAGCAACAGAUAUAUGUGUAUGCUUAAUGUGUGUUUGAAAACUAAAAACCAGCAAAUUAAAAGAAGGCUAGCUGGACAAAAAGGCCCCAAAGAAAGCUGCAGAAUUUCAAAUCAGGAAAGGAAAACAGAAUGCUGAGUUGAAGUCCGGUUUUCCUUUGCCUGACAUUUUUACUGGCGCCGGAAGCUCAUGAUAGACCAAGAGAUUGCAUUCGGCAGAAGAGACGCUGACCCAGAGAAGUUAUUCUCCUCUUACCUAUUGCUGUGGGUGCCGCUGCAGAAAUAAUAAUAAUAAUAAUAAUAAUAAUAAUAAUAAUAAUAAUAAUUUAUUAUUUGUACCCCGCCCAUCUGGCUGGGUUUCCCCAGCCACUCUGGGCAGCUUCCAACAAAGAUUAAGAAUACAUUAAAAUGUCACACAUUAAAAACUUCCCUGAACAGGGCUGCCUUCAGAUGUCUUCUAAAUGUCAGGUAGUUAUUUUUCUCUUUGACAUCUGGUGGGAGGGCGUUCCACAGGGCAGGCGCCACCACCGAGAAGGCCCUCUGCCUGGUUCCCUGUAGCUUUGCUUCUCACAGCGAGGGAACCGCCAGAAGGCCCUCGGAGCUGGACCUUCGUGUCCAGGCUGGACGAUGGGGGUGGACGAUACUCCUUCAGGUAUACUGGGCUGAGGCCGUUUAGGGCUUUAAAGGUCAGCACCAACACUUUGAAUUGUGCUCGGAAAUGUACUAGUAGCCAAUGUAGGUCUUUCAAGACCGGUGUUAUGUGGUUCCAGCAGCCACUCCCGUCACCAGUCUAGCUGCUGCAUUCUGGGUUAGUUGCAGUUUCCGGGUCACCUUCAAAGGUAGCCCCACAUAGAGCGCAUUGCAGUACUCCAAGCGGGAGAUAACCCGGGUAUAUACAUAGGAAACAGGCAAAACUAUAUUAAAACACGUUACCUUUGUUCCACAUAAAUGUGUCCUUUCUAGGUUGCUUUAUACAUAAUAUCUUUGUAUGGGCAACAUAGAAUAAUAUAAAUUAAGCAUCCACACAUGGAGGAAAACUGAAUAUAUUGUGUGUGUGUAGAGAGAGUUGGUUAACUCCGGGUAAAUCUAGAAUUGCUCAUUUUCGCUGAGAGAAGAGGAGGGUGCUCCCAGGUGAGACCUGGGAGGACACACCUUUCACUGUAAGAAAUUUGUUGUUGCUGUUUAGUCGAUUAGUCGUGUCCGACUCUUCGUGACCCCAUGGACCAGAGCACUCCAGGCCCUCCUGUCUUCCACUGCCUCCCACAGUUUGGUCAAACUCAUGCUAGUAGCUUCAAGAACACUGUCCAACCAUCUCGUCCUCUGUCGUCCCCUUCUCCUUGUGCCCUCCAUCUUUCCCAACAUCAGGGUCUUUUCCAGGGAGUCUUCUCUUCUCAUGAGGUGGCCAAAGUCUUGGAGCCUCACCUUCAGGAUCUGUCCUUCUAGUGAGCACUCAGGGCUGAUUUCCUUAAGAAUGGAUAGGUUUGCUUUUCUUGCAGUCCAUGGGACUCUCAAGAGUCUCCUCCAGUACCGUAAUUCAAAAGCAUCAAUUCUUCGGCGAUCAGCCUUCUUUAAGGUCCAUGCAAUUAGCAUGGCAAAUUUAUACUUUAUGAACUUCCUUUGCUUUUAGUGGGAAGCAAUUCUGCAGCUCCCAAGAAAUGGCAUUUGAUACAGAGAAAAUGUGUCCUGCCUUCCUUGGAUCCCUGUCCUUCUUUGCUUCAUGUAUUCACUAUAGGUCAUGGCAUUCUAGAUGUAGAACAAAAAACUGAGUAUGUAGUAAACUAAGAGCUAAAGCCCAAAUAAAUCCCUCGGGACUGAGGAUCUUUUGUGUGAGUGUGGGUUGAGGUCCAUAAAGGUCCCUGGUGACUUGAACUUUUAAAAGUGGUAAUAAAUGUCAGCUUCAUUAUUGUGACUCUAAAUCCUAAAAUUACUUCCAUGACUUGAUUUACCUUUUAACCAAUAUUUUGCUCCUUUACAAUUCAAAGGAACUCGUUUAUUUUGCCUUGGAGGAAAUUUUGGGGGGAAGUUAGCUGUCCAAAAUUUAGAACAAGUUUGUAUAAAGCAUUUAUACCUUUGAACAAUUAAAAGCUUUAAACUGUAUUGAAAAGUAAUCCUCUAUUUUCUUUUUCUUUUUUCAUUUUUGUGUUUCAGAAUACUCUGCAGCUGUCAGUUAUGCUACCAAAACAUUAAAAGCAUGGCAAGAUGCUCUGAAGCUGGUUUGAGAAGAUGCAUCUUUUGAGAACAUGGCAAUGCCCUCAAAUUAUAUGGUUAAAAUACGCAGCAUUUUCAUUCUAUCUGCUAAUACUUUUCGUUUCGGCACAAAACGUGUAGAGGUUAAGGAGUGGAACAUGCCCACCAGACUGGGAAUUUAAUUAAUUGCGGGAACUGACUACCACCCAAUAGGAAUUAUUAGCAAACAUUUAAUAAUCUUGUUUAUAGACAUGGAACAAGAAAAUAAGGUGUCAUGGUAUGCAGUUCUGACAAGUUCUUGGCUCAUCACCCAUCUCAAAGAUGUCAAGGCAUAGGCGAGAUGACAGCCUAUACUCUUUAACUACUCCACACAGGGAGGAAAACAACCCAGAAACCAAAACCCAAAAUCUUGUAAAUCAGUGGAAUUGGUAUGUCUUUGUUCAGUGGCAUUUUUUAAAAUGCAAAGAAACGGUUUUUUUAAAAUUGUGGUUCUUUUGUGUUUUUUAUAUUUUUUUAAGACCUUUUCAGACUUUUUUAAUAUAAAUUUAUUUACGUUUUUACAAAAGUGGUUGCCUUCUAGAUGGGAGCGUUUGAAUGGUAUCUGAUGAACGUGCUGCUAACCCCCCCCCUCACCCACCCGGUGCUGACAGCGGGUCAUGGAAUAACUCCAUUUAGACAUUCUAGUGCAGGCCACCAACAACAUGCUGCUGCUGCUCUCUGCGCAUGCUCCAUGUCCCAAGUAUGCUCGCUUCAACCGGAAGUCCUUCCGACCCUUCUCAGCUGUUCUCUUCUACAGUGGUACCUCUGGUUGCGAACGGGAUCCGUUCUGGAGGCCUGUGCGCAACCUGAAAAGAGUGCAACCUGAAGCAGCAUAUCUGCGCAGGUGUGCGGCGCGAUUUAGUGCUUGUGCGCAUGCGCAAAGUGUGAUUUAGCGCUUCUGCACAUGUGCGAGCGGUGAAACCCGGAAGUAACCCUUUCCGGUACUUCCGGGUUGCCGCAGGACGCAACCUGAAAAGACGUAUCGUAUUUUUUUCUCUAUAAGACUCGCUUUUUCCCUCCUAAAAAGUAAGGGGAAAUGUGUGUGCAUCUUAUGGAGUGAAUGCAGGCUGCGCAGCUUUCACAGAAGCCAGAACAGCGAGAGGGAGCGCUGCUUUCACUGCGCAGCGAUCCUUCUCAUUGUUCUGGCUUCUGAGAUUCAGAAUGUUUUUUUUCUUGUUUUCCUCCUCCAAAAACUAGGUGCGUCUUAUGGUCUGGUGCGUCUUAUAGAGCGAAAAAUACGUAACCUGAAACAUCCGUAACAUGAGGUAUGACUGUAUCCAGGUCAGCAAAAACACUGCGUUCCAGGGACCUUGGUGGGGGCCUCCUGUUUGAUGCCCCCUCCCCCCCCCCCGCAAGGGGCCAGAGUUUCUCCUUGAAGUGAGCAUGUUGCACCAUGGCUGAGCAUGCGGAAAGAGUCGCAUUGGUUAGCCGCCAAGGGUGGCGUCGCGAGAGAAGGGAAGGGUAUGCUGGCUUCUAAGGGGACCAUUGGGAUUGCACAGGCGUCGCGUUUGGGAAGACGUUGGCCUGCGCUAAGAGAAUUCUGUACCAAACCAUUUCACCUGCCUUACUGUGUUGUGGCGAUCUGCUCUGUUCCUCCGAAGAAUGCGUUGGCUCCAUUCCGGUUCGUUAGAGUGGCGUCGGUGAAUGUACGCGAUACGCACAGAUAAUAUCCCUGCGGUUUAUUUCUACACUGUGUAUGUUUUAACGCCCACACUUGCCUUUAAGAAAAAGAAUGUGCUUCUUCUAUCUAAUAAAACCAAACGUAACCUCC